AUGGACCUAAAGAAAAGGAACACUAAGAAGUAUAGUUUCAAGGAACCAGACCUUUCCCGACUAAGAGAGCUAGGAGCUCUAGUUCCAUUCCCCGAAGAUUUCCAAAAGCGAUAUGGGAAACUUUUGAGCAUCCUCAAUACAAAUGUUGAAGAGGGAAUUCUUAACACACUCAUCCAGUUCUAUGAUCCAAUUUACCACUGCUUUACUUUUGUCGAUUAUCAGUUGGUUCCUACCCUAGAGGAGUAUUCUUAUUGGGUUGGUUUGCCGAUCUCCGAAAGGAUACCUUAUACCGGUUUAGAAGAAUCUCCUGCACCUUCAGUUAUUGCAAAUGCUCUUCACUUGAAGACUUCAGACAUAGUCUCCAAUCGCACUAAAAAGGGAGGAUUUCAAGGAUUGACCUCUAAUUUUUUAUUCGGGAAGACAUUUUUGUUUGCCAAAAACGGAGAUGUGGCCGCUUUCGAAGCUAUCCUUGCUCUACUCAUCUAUGGGUUAGUAUUGUUCCCCAAUAUUGACAGUUUUGUGGAUAAUAGUACCAUCCAUAUCUUCUUGGGAGGGAAUCCCGUUCCGACCCUACUUGCGGAUGCUUACCAUUCUAUUCAUCAUAGGACCCACAAGGGGGAAGGACUUAUUCUUUGUUGUGCACCAUUACUAUAUAGGUGGUUUAUUUCACACCUACCUUGGACUAGACACUUCAAGGAGAAUCCAGAAAAGCUCCGUUGGGCCCAAAGGAUUAUGCCUCUUACUUCAUCCGAUAUAGUUUGGUACGAUGCGGCUUAUGAUGUCGGAGUGAUUAUUGAUGGUUGUGGGGAGUUCUCCAAUGUGCCUCUUCUUGGCACACGGGGAGGAAUCAGUUACAACCCUACUCUUGCUAGACGACAGUUCGGAUACCCCAUGAAGGAUAGGCCUAAAAGCAUUUUAUUAACCGGCAUAUUCUAUCUCGGAUAUAAUCAUAGGCAUAUUUUAUCAUUUCAAUGUAUUUUCGAAGACUAUCGCCAACAUCGUCAUUUAUGUACCACUUCUUUUUAUGAUUCAUAG